UCGAUGGGGUACAGCGGACCGGGACACAGAGAGGGGGAGGGUACCCGGGAGGAGCCGAUUUGUUGAUACGUCACUAUUGAUCUCCGGAUUCUGCCAGAAAAUGGCAGUUCCACGCCGCCUUACUGCGCGCGUACACGGCUAGUGGAUCAAGGCUGUCGUUAGUACGCCCCGAAUACAGUGCUUCCAGGAACCGGACAGACUUCUGGUGAAUGUGAUUACAGCUUGUACCACGGAGAGUACGGGAAACAUGGCAGAGGAAACUCCGGAGUCCAGGCUGUCCAAAAACGUCGUCAUAGCGUACGACGGGAGCGAGCACGCGAAAAAUGCCGUCAAAUUUUACGCCGAGAAAUUGCACAUGCCAGGUGAUCACGUGUUUCUGGUCUACAGUGUAGAGGUCAGUGACGUCAUUCAACAAGGUAAAGUACAAUCAGCACCUUUUUCCAUGGAUCCGGAAGUGUUUAAAGAUCUUGUUCAGAAAGAGGUGAAACGUAUACAGGGAGAACUGAUAGAGUUCGCCAAAUAUCUCAGGGCUAUGAAGCUAGAGGGUACAGUGAAGAGCACGCAUGCUCAGAAACCAGGCGAGGGGAUACUAAACAUUGCAAAGGAAGUGAACGCCUCCCUGAUCAUCACCGGAAGUAGAGGACAGAGCAAGUUGCGCAGAACAUUCCUAGGCAGUGUGAGCGAUUACGUCAUGCAUCACUCUCCCGUUCCAGUUUUAGUUUGUAGAAGAGAAAAUUGAUGGCAACACAUGUACGAAAUUAUUAUUUAUAAAAUUUAAAAAUGCAAUCAAAACUAGAAUCAGGAAUGUGUUCAUAUUUGUCCGGAAAUUUGUACAAUGAAAUGAAAUAAAUAUAUUGAUGUGUAUUUGUAAGUGAAUGUUUUUGUUGCUUUGCUUGUACAUUUACAAUAAAAAUGUUCAUGUGUAGUUAUAAA